GAGUGAAAAGAAAGAUAGAAAGCAACUUGUGGGUUUUUAUCCACUCUCCUCUCUCUCUCUAAUCUACGGAAUCUUGAUUCAUUUCACCCUCUCUUUAUUGCUUCUGCUUCUCCAUAUCCAAAACCAAAAUAUCUCUUUCUGUGAUCAGCCUUCCAUCUCCCAUCUACACUGAAAAAUCACAACAAAAAAGCUAGCCUGUUAGAGAGAAGAGAACAUGCAAGAAAGUGAUGAUCAGCUUUCAGCAGCAGAUCACACACAUGCAAGCAAGAAAAGGAAGAUGGGUGAAAGGGUUGUGGUUGCUGUAAAAAUAGAGGGAAAUAGUAAGAAACAGCAGAGAAAUGAAGGGCCUCCGUCUGAUUGUUGGUCUUGGAGAAAAUAUGGCCAAAAACCCAUUAAAGGAUCUCCUUAUCCAAGAGGGUACUACAGGUGCAGCACAUCAAAGGGCUGCUCAGCAAAGAAGCAAGUUGAGAGAUGCAAAACAGAUGCAUCGAUGCUCCUCAUCACCUACACCUCCACCCACAAUCAUCCAGACCCUGCACCAUUCUCAAUCCCCACCAAUCACUCUCUAAUUCACCAACAAGAGCAAGAAUCAGAGACAAACCCAGACGAAAUCGAAGCCCCGCCGCCGAAUUCCGGAGAGCAUCUUCAAUUCCCCCAAUCCCCACCACCGAAUUCCGGAGGCGGAAACCCCUUUGAGGAAAUUCUUCAAACAACCGGCGUGAGCUACGAGGAUGAUGAUCUCGGUUGCGAGGUGCUGAAAUCGGAGGAGAAUGAUUUCUACGACGAGCUCGAGGAGCUGCCCACUUCCUCCUUCUUCACGGCUUUCAUGAAAAGCGGUUUCUGUGAGGAAAGAAUUGCUGUAAAUCUAUCUUGAAAAGAAGUUAGUGUGUGUGGUUUUAGGUGAAAAAUGUAUGUAGAUCUUUGAUUAUGUUCAUAUGGAAAAAGAAGAAAUGUGUAGCUAUGGUGAUGUCUUAAAGAUGGUAAUCGAGAGAGGUGGAGAAAGAUUGGUUAGUCAUUUGAUAGGAAGAAGUGUAUAGAGAAAUAUUUCAAUGUUUGUUUUCCAUAUCUUUCAAAUGUUCAUUCACCCUAGUAUUUAUAGGGUGAAUGAGAACAUUCUAGUACACCAAUAAAUGUAGUUGGUACUUUACAACACUUAGGAACUCUACACUACUUAACGUGGGCGGCAUAUUAAUGUGGUCUUCUUUUCCAACA